UAAAGUACUGUUCGUCUCCUCCAAAAUAAUACUACUCCUCUUCUAUACUUUUUCUCUGUUUUUUUCUACUUUACACUAUUUCUUAUUUCGUACUGGAAACUGGAAAGAAUCUUAGUAAGAAUAAAACAGUGCAUAUAUAAAAAGGAGAAUCUGGUACCUUCCUUUCCAAUCCCAUUCAUGUCAUGAUUCUGGUUUACGCACUUUUCUAACCCAAAUUCUCUUUUCAAUUUCAUUUCCUUUACGUUUUACCCCCAAUUCAAUUUAGGGUUUCCUUUUCCUUUUGAGAAAAUGGAUGAUUGGGACUGGGAAGUGCUCCACGAUUCUCAAGAAACUGCUCCUGUGGUAGAAGUACAAGGAGUGGAAGUAGAACUACCCCUAAAAUCGGCUUCUUCUUCUCCUAUUUCUUCUGGUGAUGGUGGCGUUAUUCGUUCUGAUUACUUUUCACUUGAUUCCCAUCACAGCUAUGUUGAAGAUGAAGGGGAAUCCUCGGACAAUCCGAGUUGGAUUGAUCCGAGUGGUAGUAGCCUGGUUGGGAGAGGAGAAAGAAAAACGAGUAGUUGCAACUCUGAUGCUAGUGAUGCUUCUGAUAAUAUUCUCUUAAUUCAACCUCAUACUGAUUGUUCUGCUGGUCAUGGAAAUGGUGUUGAUAGUGGGGAAAGUAAUAUGGAAGACAAACAUGAAGGAGGAGAAGAAAAAAAUGAAGUUGGAAAUGGUGUUUUAGUGAGGGAAAAAGAGGAGGAGGAAGAAAGAGGGUUGAAUUUGGAAUCCAAUGAGAACAAGAAAGUAGUAUGGUGGAGGGUACCUAUAGAAAUGUUAAGGUAUUGUGUGAUGAGGGUGAAUCCUGUUUGGUCUUUAUCCAUGGCGGCUGCGGCUGUAAUGGGUUUGGUACUGUUGCGACGCCACUACCUUAACAAGGUGAAGCGUAAGACUAUGGGAUUGCAACUUAAGGUUACUGUUGAUGAUAAGAAGGUAUCUCACUUUAUGACUCGUGUUGCACGACUUAAUGAAGCAUUUUCAGUGGUGAAGCGCGUACCAAUCGUACGGCCUUCGUUGCCAGCGCCUGGACUGGCUCCAUGGCCAGUGGUGAGCAUGAGGUAGGUCCCCCGCAACUGUGAUAAAAAUGGCAGCAUCUGUUUGGACUUGAGGUCAGAGAGACAAUAUGCUUGUUUGUUAGUACCUUGGCCUGCAUCUAUACCUACUACGUAUUAUAGUCUGUGUUUUUUCCUAGAUUAAAAUACUUAACAUAUGUGAAAAACUUAUCUAUCUGUGCAUUAUAGAUUUCAGAUUUUACUAUGUUAAGGGUGUGUUAAACCGGCUAUAGCCGAUAGAUGUUCCUCGUACCGAAUAUGCUUUGCUUGUAUUUUGUAAAUCUUCUGGAAGAUGUUGUUUUCCAUUUCCAACAGCAUUGUCCAUUGUUAGGACAUUCAUCUCCUGAUAUGUGAA